GCUGGUGGCGGCAGAGAGCCUCUCAGUUGGUCUGUUAAACUCCAGUAAACACCAAAGAAGAAGGCAGAGGACAGAGGAAGAAGAGCAGACCCGGAAGUGUGUUUCUCUGUGACCGACAGGAUCAUCCGAGCGGCGGCAGUCCUCCAACAUGGCUGACCUCUGGCAGAACGCCAUGGAUCACGCAGUCGCUCUGGCCCGGACCGCAGGAGCUGUGGUGCGCGAGGCGCUGCAGGAUGAGAGGAAGGUGAUGAUGAAGAGCUCGUCAGUCGACUUGGUGACGCAAACCGACCAGAAGGUGGAGCAACUCAUCAUCCAAUCAGUGAAGGACAAGUUCCCCACACACAGGUUUAUCGGUGAGGAGUCUGUGGCUGCAGGUGAGGCGUGCGUCCUGACCGACAGUCCCACCUGGAUCAUCGACCCGAUCGAUGGAACCACCAACUUCGUCCACGGAUAUCCCUUUGUUGCCAUUUCCAUCGGCUUCGCUGUCAACAAGCAGUUGGAGUUCGGUGUGGUCUACAGCUGUGUCGAGGACAAGAUGUUCACGGCGAGGAGGGGGAAGGGAGCGUUCUGCAACGGACGACCGCUGCAGGUUUCUGAUCAGAAAGAAAUCAGCCAAUCGAUUGUGGCCACAGAGUUCGGCUCCAUCAGAGACCCGGAGACCGUCGACAAGGUCCUGAGCAGCAUGAGGAAGAUCCUCUGCAUCCCUGUGCACGGGAUCCGCGGUGCAGGAACAGCAGCCGUCAACAUGUGCCACGUGGCUUGCGGCUGCGUCGACGCCUACUACGAGAUCGGGAUCCACGUGUGGGACGUGGCCGCCGCCGCCGUCAUCGUGUCGGAGGCCGGCGGCGUGCUGAUGGACGUGACGGGAGGGCAGCUGGAUCUGAUGUCCAGGAGAGUUCUGGCCGCCAGCAGCCGCAGCAUCGGCGAGCGAAUCAGCAGAGAGAUCGAGGCGUUUGCUCCCGUGAGAGACGACGCUCCGCCGCCACAGUGACACACAGGAAGAGCUCCGCCCACCUCAGCUGCAUCGGGGCGGCCCAAAAACACCAGAGUUGGAAAUCUAAGCUCCGUUUUCCGACUGAGAAAAAAAUGUCACCAGCAGAGUUUUCUCUUCUCUUGUAACCAAUUUAGAGCUCAGGAGCUUAAAAAAUAUGAAACUGAAAAUUUACAUGUAGAAAUGGGCCAGUGUGUGUGUGUGUGUGUGUGUGUGUGUGUGUGUGUGUGUGUGUGUGUGUGUGUGUGUGUGUGUGUGUGUGUGUGUGUGUGUGUGUGUGUGCCACAGCCAAACACGUUUCCUGUCAGUCUGCCCGGCUCAGAGUUUGAGAGCAAAACCAAAGAAAAAAUGUAAAUUAGGAGCGCGACGUUUAAAAAAGCAAACUGGUUCCUGUGGCCUCUCCAGGCCACCGUACACUUCCUGUUCUGCCUGGUGUUCAGGUGCGACGGCGUACGAGGGUCAGUGUAGGGAAACACACACACACACACACACACACACACACAGUGCUUUCCCUACAGUGGCCCUGACACGGCGUUGUGUUCAGGAACCGACAGAAAACCCGACGCUGUUGGUUUUGUGUUCAGCUGAACGUUUUUAUGGUCGCUGUUUGUACUUUUCACAUCUUCAUCUUUUCUAUGAGAGGUUCUUCCUCCGUCACUGGUGUGUGUUGUGUGUGUCAGUAAAGUGAUCAUGUGAUGUCAGCCCGGCCGUCCGCACAUGCUCAGUAGAGGCCAACAGAGACAAAGCAGGAAGUCAUCAGUUCUUUAUUGAACCAGUUAAAGUGCAGAGGAAGUGAAGCAGGAAGCUGAAGGUUCCACAUCAGACUAACAGUUAGCACUCGUUUCAUUUGCCAUUAGCUCACAUUAGCCAUGCUAACACAUGCUAACACAGACGAGGUUGUUAGCUCGUUAGGGCCUUCCUGUUAACGUUCAGCUCGUUAAGGCGUCUCCACACACACACUCAUCACAUUCCUGAACCGUCCUCCAACAUGGCCGCCAGCAGCAGCCGUGACUCACUUCCUGCUUCCUCUUGGUACCACGUCCACGAUGUAGAGGAGUCUUUUAUUGUGAAGCGGCUGGUCCGUCGUCUCGGCAACAACAAGUCAAACAACAACAGCCUGCAGGUCAGUGUUGUGUCCAGCGGGGGCAGCACUGAGCUAAACAGCCUGCAGGUCAGUGUUGUGUCCAGCGGGGGCAGCACUGAGCUAAACAGCCUGCAGGUCAGUGUUGUGUCC